AUGCAUUCCGAUGCAUUUGAUGUCAUACCCUACGAGGAUAUCAAAGGGAACUGGAAAAAGCUAGGCUCCGGAUCGUUUGGGAAUGUUUACAGAGGUGUAUAUCUUGGUCUUGACGUUGCGAUCAAGGAGGUGCUGCCUUCGAAUAAUUACGAUGUGGCAAAAUACUUUGAGCGAGAAUGGAGACUCAUGAAGGAAGCGCGCCAUCCGAACGUCGUGUUAUACCUCGGUCUGUCGCGCGCACCAGACGGGCGGAUAUUUAUCAUAUCGGAGUACAUCGACAACGGGAACCUUCGCAUGUACAUUCACGACAAGAGCAAGCCGUUCCCGUGGCGCCUCAGACUAUCGUUCGCAACUGACAUCGCGCGCGCCCUGGCGUACCUCCACGCGCGUAAGUGCAUCCACCGCGACCUGAAGGGCGAGAACCUGCUGGUCACCUCGAACGGCCGUCUGAAGAUCACGGACUUCGGGUUCGCGCGCAUCGCCGCGCGGAACGAGGAGGAGAGCAAACGGCUCACGUUUUGCGGGACGGACUCGUACAUGUCCCCCGAGAUCCUGACAGGUACUGAGUUCGACCUUCCGACGGACAUAUUCUCUCUUGGUAUCAUCUUCUGUGAGAUCGCGUCGCGCAAGUUGGCCGACGACAACACGUUUAGGCGGUCCCCGCCAUCGUUUGCCAUCGACCCAGACGAAGUCCGCAAACUCGCUGGCCCCGGCUGUCCUCCCGCGUUCAUUUCUCUCGCUCUCGAAUGUGUCAAGCCAGAGCCGAGCGCACGGCCGAACACACGGGUGAUACUGGACCGGUUACGUGAGAUCGAGGCUGAAGUACUGUCGCGUCCAUCAGAAGCAGAGGACAUGCAUCUUGGUACUGUGAAGUUCAUGACUGGGGGGCGCCGUCCAGGUGCUGCUCCUCGCAUCCCAAGCUUUGGGAUGGGUGUCGGUAAAGACAUCGGAAACGGCAAUGGUAGCGCGAACUCGUCGAUCGUCGAUGCGCACUCCAGCGACGAGGACAGUGACGAGGAGCUCAUGCAGGCGGUCGCAAAACUCAGCAACGUGAACCUCGACAAUGCAUGGACGGAGGAUACAAAGGCUCGCAGAGGCGACAGCGCCCACCCGCUCAUUGACAACACCUCCAGCAUGUAUUCGCAAUACAGCACAACCGUCAUCCGCUCCCACUCGCCCCAGUACUCCGAGAGCGCCCCGCCCUCCCUCUCGUCCAUCCUCACGAUCCGGCCCUCGCCCAACCCGAACGGUUCAGACGACCUCAUCGAGCACCCUCCAGCGACCGGCGCACAUGGCCCAACUCCAACAGAAUCGCUACUCUCCAUCGAAUCCUACUACACCGCCUCGACCACCUCCGAGACUGCGCCUUCCAUCGCAGCUGCAACAGAAGGCGGUUCGACGGUCCGCGAGCCCGCGCUACCCCUCGUGCAUCGAUUCACACUCCUCAAGCCGGGCGCAAAGCGCAUGAGCAUCGGCGGCAGCCGCAACGCGUCCCCGACGCGCCACCUGCCCGGGGACGGGCUGUGGAACCCGCUCGAUUUCUUUUUCUCGAGCACUCUGCUGGCGGCGAAGUGCGAUGUAUGUGCAAAGCGCCUGGGGUGGAAGCCUGUACUCGAGUGUGACGACUGUGGCCUGCGUGCUCAUGUCAAGUGCGGUGAGAACGCCCCCAUGGAUUGCGGUAUCCGGCAAAUGACAGCUCCUGUUCCACUGACCGCAACAUCCGCUCCUCCAUCCCCACUCGGCAAGGCGAAGCAGAACAAAUAA